GAGAGACAGUUUAGCUAGAUCUUUGGCCUCAGUAUCGCUUCCUUUAUUCAGCUGAGCUCGUUUUAUUUCGCCUAGCGAACAAAAAUACCAGCAGCGUAAACAAAAUCCAUAAGCUAGCUAGCGGCUAGCUAACGAUUCACGGCUAACGUUAGCCUAUGGAGCAACUUGCUGUGUGUUCAAAUCAUAGACUGUGGUCCAGAUACUCUCAAAGUAAAGUAAGUUACCACUGUUAAUGUUUACAGUUAAGUCAGUUCGACAUGGACGAGCUGGACACCGCAGCGAUUCUUCCCGGCGAUGUGUUCAACGCCACAUCCACUGACGGUGAAACCGGCGACUCGUGUGUUCACAAAGAGGAGGCUGAUGUACCGACCACCCGCUCCGGACGACCCCCGUUUACAUGCUCGCUGCCGGUUUCCGUGGAGCCAGUGUUGUUCCUCUCCAUGUUUUCUCUGGCCUUGCAGUCCCCUCUUUCCACUCAGUAUCUGUGGGACCGCAUCAGCGAGGACCUCGGCUACAACGGCUCCAAGAGGUCGGAGUGCAACAACGGCUCUGUGCCCCCUGACCCUCUUCAAACGGAGGUGGAAACCUUGACAGCCCACUGGAACCUUUACAUCAGUCUUGGGGGCUUUUCUGUAGGCCUGUUGGUGGUGCCUCUGCUGGGCUCAUGGAGUGACCUUGCAGGACGCAGACCUGUCCUUAUCCUCGCCAACCUAGGUCUGGCCCUCCAAGCAGUGGUUUACCUAGUGGUGAUGUACCUGAAGCUGCCUGUGGUCUACUUUUUAGUAGGCAGGCUGCUUAGUGGCCUUUCAGGUGAUUUCAACGGCAUCCUGGCAGGCUGCUUUGCAUAUGUGGCUGAUACCAGCGACAGAAGGUCCCGCACCUUCAGGGUGGCAGUCUUGGAGGCAUGUCUGGGCCUUUCAGGGAUGCUAGCCAGCAUCAUUGGAGGGCAGUGGCGGCGGGCACAAGGGUACAUCAACCCAUUCUGGCUGGUCCUGGCCACUAACUUGGCUUCGGCUCUGUACGCUUACCUGUUUGUCCGUGAGUCUGUCCUGCCAGACCCAAGCGCCAAGCUCCUCACCUCUCGCCACUAUAAAGCUGUCUGGCGCCUCUUCUCAACAGGAGGGAGUAACAGUGAGGAAGAUAGAAGAUUUCACAGAUGCAAGCUGUGGCUGUACACACUGUGUUUCUUUCUGGUGGUGACUGUACACUUCGGCAGCAGGGAGUUGUAUGUGUUGUAUGAGCUGAGCUCACCGCUGUGCUGGGGGCCGGCCCUCAUUGGCUACGGAUCAGCCGCUCAGCACCUGGCCUACCUUAGCAGUCUGCUGGGGCUGAAGAUCAUGCAGCGCUGCCUGGAAGACUCCUGGGUGGCUCUCGUGGGUCUGGCCUCCAAUAUCAUUGGGCUGGUUGUCUUCUCUGUAGCUGACACCAUCCAGCUCAUGUUCACAGGUUAUGGUCUGUGUUUCCUCUUCAUGGCCGCAACGCCUGUGCUCAGGUCAAAACUUUCCAAGCUGGUGGGCCCAUCAGACCAAGGUGCCCUGUUUGCGUCUGUUGCCUGUGUGGAGAGCUUAUGUUUUCUGGUUGGCAGUGGCAUCUUCAACUCCCUCUACCCAGCCACACUGCACUUCAUGAAGGGCUUCCCCUUCCUCUUUGCUGCCAUCAUCCUCUUCAUCCCCGCUGGAAUAAUUGGGACCCUGCAAUGUUUAGACCAGAGGAGAGACCACAGAGACUCCUCAGCAUCCUGACCUGCUGAGAGGUCCAAGGGCAGGAACCUGUCAGAGAGUUAAAGUGCAUCCUGGUGUCAGUCUAUGAGGGGAGCAGCACUGACACAAGGACAGCCAUCAUGUCCAUGUGUGGUGCUGGGUAAGACCUUUUGAUCUUAGCACAGUUAUGGCACAGAGAUGGAAUUCUUCCUAGGCACACCAAAGUAAUCAAGACCAGAGGAUGAAGAAUCAACGUCCAUACUGACAUGACUGUUAAACCUUUUUUUUUUGUCUUAAUAAUUAGAUAAUGGAGACUUGGGCUUUGUCAAAUCUACGCUGGCCCUAAAAACUCACUACAAGCUUGGAUGUUUUAUCACGACAUUCAUACAAAUGGUGUAACAAACAAGGUUUGAUACAUGCUUUCAUUUUGUGAGUCAAAACAUUUUCAAUACAGUGUAUUGAGUGCCAAAGAAUGUACCUUACAUUUACACUUUGAAUGUAUUCAUUUCAAUAACUCUAAUGGCACACUACAUGUUAAGGUGCUAACCAUAAGAGGAAAUCCACAAACUCCUCAGUUGUUCCAAAACAUAUCAAGCAUGGGUAAUGUGUUCACAGAGGGUCAAAAAGGGAGGUGAGAGCUAUAACCUAGUUUUGAUUUGAGAAAUGUUUAAGAGCUACAAAUAUCAUCCAUUGAUAUUUCACAUGAUUACAAUGAACCAUCCUAACUAACGUACUACUUUUUUGGAACAAAUACAAAUUGGGAACCAUACCUGUGUGAGGUAAAUUGGUGUACAACAGUAUACAAGAUCAACCUAUUUUCAGCCACCACACCCUUAUCCUAUCUAUUCACUUCUGUGCAGUCUUUAAAAGUUAUUUUACUGCAUUACAAUUCAGAGGCAAAUAUUGUAUUUUUUACCAAUUGUUUAGAAUUAAAUUGUGUUUAGUGAUGUUUUUUUAUAGGUUCAGAUUAGAUAAGACUUACUCUAACCCCAUGGGGAAAUUCACAAGCUACCGAACUGUACAUAAAGUAGUUAAAAAUGUCUGAGUGAUUUUUAUGUAUGUGAGAUAUAUGUGUGUUUGUUGUGUUAUGGUUGUCUACUGGAUGCCUAAAAUUUCCCUCAGGAUGAAUACAGUAUCUAUCUAUCUAAAAUGAGCCCCACCUUUACCAGCUGCAACAUAAAAGGGAUGUACACUGUAAUGCGUCUAUUUUUAAUCCAAUAAUAUAAGUACAUUUACUUUUGGUAUUUUAAGUAUGUUUGUACUUUUACUAGAAUAACAUUUUAACUUUAACAUUGGUACUGCUACUUUAGGUAAAUGUUUUAAGAAUUUCUUCCACUACUGUCUGUUCGCAGAGCUAUCCUAAAUCUGUUAGUGGAAGUUACGUAGAAACCCUCAAACCGUGAAGUUAGUAUCCGAGAUUCAUGGUAUCACACUAUGCAGAAAUAUCAUCUGUGCCAAACAUGUCCAAACCCAACUAUCAGUAAUCCACAGCGGAGAGUGAAACUGUAGUGGCAGCCAGGGAGUACCGAGUUACACCUUGACCCUCCUCCCGCCAUAGUCUAAACUCGCUGAGGAGUCCCCCUCCCACCACCACAAACAACACUGGAUAGUCCCAGAACACAGGCCCACAGCCAACAUACACACCGGGGUCAGGUCUUAGAUCUACAGUGAGGGAACAAGAGCUGCAAAAUCAGCUUUAAAAGGCACAAAGGGAAGUUUACAGGUUAAAUGAAGUAUUAACUCAGCUUCUGUGAAUUGAUCAGCAGAUUAUUUUCUAAAAGCCAUUCUUCAAACGUUUUCUGUAACAAAUUCUGACCCACUGUCCAUUCUUCGUUGUCAUCAGUUGUGCAAUAUUUAUGAGUUGCAAUCAUUUUAUUUAUUGGAUUACAACUGGAUCGUUUUGGAUAGUUUGUUAUAAAGAUGAUGGUUCAAUUUCUUUCUGUUUACAUGUCACAUGUGAUUAAGUGAAGUUCAGACAAAGAAUUUCACUGUUAAAUUCUUUACAUUUCACCAUGUUUCAAAUAAAGGAACUAAACUAUG